AUGUCCAACACCGAGCCCGUCCACUUCUUCGACAUCACCUCCACCCUCCCAGGUGCAUACAAAUCAUGGUCCCCAAAUACCCUCAAAGUGCGAACGGUGCUUAACUUCAAGAAAAUCCCCUACACCCAAAGCUGGAUCUCUUACCCGGACAUCGCGCCCUUGAUCAAAGGGUUCGGCCUCAAAGCCAACGAUGUCGGAUACGCAUACACCCUCCCCGCAAUUACCCACGGGUCCCUGAUCUCAACCUCAAACCCGCACGGAGCAUUGAUGGACUCGCUUCCUAUUGUCGAGCAUCUGGACCGCGUUUUCCCCGACCGUCCGCUCUUCCCCUCUGGCGAUGCGAGCUAUGCGCUGUUUCUUGCGGUUCAGAAACUUAUCUCCGGCCUGGGACCGGCGAUCGGCUCGCUGAUUAUUCCCACUGUGCCAAAUCACCUUGACCCUCGGGGGCAGGAGUAUUUUGUGCGGACGCGGACUGAGACGUAUGGGAAGCCGUUGGCGGAGGUUCGGGCGGAGGGAGAGAGACAGAUUGCGGAGAUUUGGGAGAGUGCUGAGAAGUCGUGUGAGCCGUUGAUUAAGAUGCUGAAGGGGAGAGAGGGGAAGAAGGGUGCUUUCUUUGAAGGGGAGACGGCUGGUUAUGCAGAUUUGUUCUUCGUAUCCUGGGUGGCGUUUUUCCAUCGAUUUGAUCGCCAGUUCUGGGAGAAGUUGAUGGGGCUCGGGGAUGGCGAGUUUCGGGCUUUGUGGGAUGCUUGCUUGCCCUGGCUGGAGGGGCAGGGUGAGGAGAAGGAUUGGCCGAUCCCGAGUGCUUGA